AUGACUUGGCAGAAUCUCAAAGAGUCUCUUGGCACGCGUGUCUUCAAGUUUCUUGGCACUCAAGACUUCAAGUUCUUUGGUUUUCAUGUCAUCUAUGAUGCUCCCUUUUGGGAAUAUGAUUACACAAGAAAUAUCUCUGGUGGUGAAGUAGCAUAUAGAUACUCAAAAUGUAGUGGCAAUCCCUCUGGCUAUACAAUUACAGACAAAAGAACGGCCAAAAGACAUAUCCAAAACGAUGAAGACAAGAUUAUUGAUCAAAUUGUUAACAGUAGAGACCUUCAUGCAUUUUGGAAAACUCAAACAAAUACUGUCCACACUGCUAUAGAAGUAGAUCAAACUGAAGAUUAUGACAAAUAUGACAAUUUGUCUACUGGUAUAUCUGAAUCAAUCUGGAAUGUGGAGACAUUCUUACAUCUUUUGGAAGAAGAGUCUAUUUUUGAAUUAGAAGAAAAUUAUCAAUGUUCCUCUGACAUUGAAGUAUCAGAUGAAAGUGAUAACGACAAAGAACAAGAAGAGCAAGAAGAGCAAAAGCAAGAGCAAGAGCAAAAGCAAUACAAAGAAAACCUUCCUAAAUACCCCUGGCACAGAUUGAUAGCAGUCUUUCAUGUCAUGUUCAUUUCAAGAUUUGUUGUAGAUGAAGGUGCUGUUAUCUUGAUCUCUUUUUUCAAUAAUGUCUUCGAGCACUACGGAGAAGAAUUCAGACUUCCAACCAGUCUUCCUACUCUUAAAAAUCUGACAGGAUUCAGUGAUUUGACAAGCGGCAUGUCUUGA